AGCAGUCAAUGAGGUUCGAUUUCGUGACCAACUCGAGGGUGCACCACUUGAGGUCAAUCAACAGCAAAAACUCACACUUCAACUUAUUCGCAUGCAACAACGUGAACAUGAGCCACAUUCGAAUCUCAGCCCCAGAAGGCAGUCCCAACACCGACGGAAUCCACAUCGGAAGCUCAACCAACAUCCGGAUCACCCGAUCAAUCAUCGGCACUGGCGACGACUGCAUUUCCAUGGUCUCGGGUAGCCAAGACAUCGACAUCUCUGGUGUCUCGUGCGGCCCUGGCCACGGGAUCAGCGUCGGGAGCCUAGGGAGGUCGCCUAAGGAGUUUGUGACGGGGAUCACAGUGACAAACUGUACUUUCAGUGGGACCCAGAACGGUGUCAGAGUCAAGACGUGGGCCCCUUCUCUAGCUAGCGUUGCUUCGAAUUUUAUGUUCCAAAAUAUCUUCAUGGAUAACGUGAACAACCCUAUUAUCAUCGAUCAACAGUAUUGCCCGCGGCCUUAUUGCAAGGACGAUGAUUCAGAAGUUCAGAUAAGCAAUGUUACAUUCCGGAACAUAUGGGGGAGUUCAAGCUCAAAAGUUGCAGUUUCCCUACAAUGCAGUGGGAUUGUUCCUUGCCAAAACAUCAAGCUUGUGAACAUCAAUUUGUCCUACAAUGGCCCUCAAGGACCUCCUUCUGCUUCUUCUUGUUCUAAUGUCCGAGAUCGUGAUGAAAAAAUCUCGAUUGAGCAUAUUGAGGCACCAUAG